UUUCAGUCGGUGGAGAGAGGCUCUGAGAAUGUGAGGAGGUGGGGAGAGGGAGGGAGAGGAGGAGGACGGAAGGAAAGAAGGCACUGACACAGGAAGAAAGGUAGUGAGAGAGAGAGAAGCAAAGAUAGAGGGUGCUGGGGGAAUCACCCAUGCAGCCGUCCGUCCGUCGUCCACCUACCGGCUAUCUAAGAAGGCGACAACAGCUAAUGAGCAGAGUGAGCAGCCGCUGACUCGACAUUUCCAGGUGACUUUUAGGCGUGCACAUGGGAGUGUGCGUGCACACGGGAGUGCGCAUGUACACAUGAUUGCAUGUGCACUUGUGGGCGCAAGCCUUCUGUCGGCAAGGGCCCGCUGCCGGGGCACCUGUCUUCCCUAGGGUCUGGUGCUUUUAGCAUCUGGCCCCGGCUCCUAUUGCAGCCCGAAAUAAGGCUGUGACCCGCGACAAGGCAGGAACGAUUCUCGCCAGCUGCAGCCAGAGAGGGCUGCCCACUGCUCACUGCCCGCUAACGCGGCGGCGACACAGCCACCAGCCGACCGUGAAACUCCGGCCUCCCGACAGAGGCGUCAGCCUUGGAGUUGUGACCCGCCCUCCUGCUCACGGUGGUGGUCUCCUCUUCCUCUCAGGCCUGGACAGCUUAGGACCCUCAGCCCACGUGCACGCAGACUGCAGACACACUCGUGUUUGCCUCCGGCUCUAGGGGACUCAGGAAUACCCUCAAGGAUGAUCCCCAAGGAGCAGAAAGGGCUGGCCAUGUCUGCCCCGGGCGACCUCUCGGAACCAGUGCCCUUGCUGGACCUGGGCAAGAAGCUGAGCGUGCCCCAGGACCUGAUGAUAGAAGAGCUGUCACUCCGCAACAACCGGGGGUCCCUCCUCUUCCAGAAGAGGCAGCGCCGUGUGCAGAGGUUCACCUUUGAGCUUCCAGACAGCCAGCGGCUGAGCCUGGCUGGAAGCGCCAAGAGGAAGGCGCUUGGAACAGCGGAGCCCGGGACGGUCGCCAACGGCCUCGAGGGGCAGAGCUACCGCUCGGAGCUGCACGUCUUCCCGGGCUCUCCCGGGGGCCUGGACGACGCCCACGGCACGGCCGCCCUAGUGAAGAACGCCCGCGGCACGGCCGCCCUGGCGGAGAGCGCCCGCAACCCCAGCGCCCUGGCCCCAGGCUACUCCGAGCCACUGAAGGGCGUCCCGCCGGAGAAGUUCAAUCACACGGCCAUCCCCAAGGGCUAUCGCUGCCCGUGGCAGGAGUUCAUCAGCUACCGAGACUACCUGGGCGACAGCAGCAGUCACACCCUCAGCCCAGCCAGCUACCGCAAUUUCAACAAGACCCCGGUGCCAUUUGGAGGACCCCUCGUGGGGGAGGCCAUCCCCAGGGCAGGCACCCCUUUUGUCCCAGAGCCCUUCAAUGGCUUGGAGCUCCUCCGCCUCAGACCCAGCUUCAACAGAGUGGCCCAGGGCUGGGUCCGCAACCUCCCGGAGUCUGAGGAGCUGUAGCCUCAGCCUGGAUCUUCUACACCCCCCGCUCAGGGCUUGGGCAACCUCUGCAGCCAAGACUUGCAGAAAGUACUUUGUGGUUUAUGAAGAGCCUGCGCAUGUAAAACCUGAUCGCACAUGGCCUUGAAGGCCCCAGAUGUAGCCAUGCUUCGAAAUCCCUUGGGGAAACUGUUCCUGAUUCGGGUUCUGGCCUGCCCUAGCCUUGCUGCAUCAGCGCCUCCCAGGCAGAGGAGUCUGUAACAGUACUUCAGGUUGUGUCCUUAGCAACCCACAGCCAUGCCUUGGCUCCUCCCUGCUCCAGCAGCUCACACUCCCCCAGGUGCAGGGUGCUCCCUAGUAGUCCAUCUACCUGUGCAUACCUCUGAUGAUUAGAAAGUCUUGCUUUUUAUUUAAACAUUUACUGAGUAUCUACUGUGUGUGAGACCAUCUGCCAAGCCCAGGCCCCAAGGAGGAAAAGAGAAAGAGGGGAGACAGAUCUGUAACGCAACAGAUCAUCUGAAUUGUUCCUAAAAUGUGCUACUGCCAUCCAAGGAACAGUGUUAUAGGGCAGAGGCAAAGUGCCUGGGUGUGGGGUGGGAAGCUUCCCAGAGGUGGAGGGGGACCCUGGAGGCAGAGUCUAUAAGGAGAAGAGAGAGGGUGUGAUGGCGAGGGCCCUCCUGGCAAGUGGACUAGCAGGUGCAGAGGUGCGGAGCUGAGCCCAGGUGCAGGGGUUGUGGAGAAGGGAUGGUAUUAGAGGCGUCACAGUGGGAUGGGUUUUCCUAAGUGGGGACGUUUCAGUGAUGGUCCCGCUGGUGGCUGUGUAGGGCACAGGUUGGAGAGGAGGAAUGCCAGAGCCGGAAGUCUGAAAGGGAUGAGGUCACGGGGAUGGAGAGAGGGGCCAUCCUGCUGGACACCUUCCAGGACAGGUGCAAAGUGGGGGCAUCAUAAAGGCUCCUUUCCACCUGCCAUUCUGAGCGGGCCCUUUAGCUCAAGUGAAGAUGGCGGUGAUGAUGGUGAUGGAGGAGGAGGAAAGGGGAAGGAGAGAAAAUGAAGAUGAUGACAGUGGCUGUGUGCUGAGUGUCUCAGCACCUGCGCUGACAGUAAGCGCUGCACAUACCCAGCACAGACACCCACCUGCCCACCCUCCUGCCUCUGCCCGGCCCUCCCAGCAGAGGUAACUACUGGCAACAGUUUGGUCCUUUUGAAAUCUAGAAUUAUUUGAAUAGGUAGAUAAGUGCAUGCAUAUAGAUGCACAGGUGCCUGGGGAUGUCUCGGUUUUAAUGGAAUCAUGCUGUAUGUACCCUUGUGUGUCUUCUUUAUUCAGCCAUAAGUAAAAUUUGGAUUCUGAAAAAGCAGCUACAUUAACCUUUACCAAGUCCUUUAUAUAAAACUCCAUUCUUUA